AUGUCGUCUUCAUCAUCUUCAUCGGGCAUAUUUGAUGCAUUGCUUGAAACAACCAUAGAGGUCGUUCAGGAGGCAGAACAAAUGAUCAAUCAACUACAACAAGAAAAUGUGGAGAAUGCACUAUGGAGGAAGAGAAGAUACAUACAAAGAUUUCGUGAGGCGGCUAAUGAACGACUCAUGCAAGAUUACUUUGUGGAUGACACAACGUUUAAAGGAUAUCUGCGAUAUCUGCACAAACCUACUUGUAGCGACAUUCAACAAUCGUAUGCUCAUCACUCAAAUGUGCACGACUUUCCUGGAAUGUUAGGAAGCCUAGAUUGCAUCCACUGGGCAUGGGGUUGUUGUCCGAAUCCCCAUAAAGGGCAAUACACCUGUGGCGAUCAUGGUUAUCCAAACGUUAUACUUGAAGCGAUGGCCUCACAGGAUAUGUGGAUAUGGCAUGCAGUCUUUGGCUCAGCUGGCUCCCCCAAUGACAUUAAUGUUCUUAACAUGUCUCUAAUACUUGACGACAUUUAUAACGGGACUGCACCCAACUCAUCCUUUUAA